AUGAUUGAAAAACUUCCUACUGCCUUACCUCACAAGAGUUAUAUUAAAGCGACCCCAAUUCAAUCCUGCCACUACAUCCUUGAGUUACCCGAUGAGGAUCAAUGUGAAUUUGUGGAAAGCACUCCGGAAUGCAUUGAAACUGUUCAUUAUAUCAAUUACAUCAUGUUAGUUUUUUGUCAUCUUGGAAAGCUUUAUGGAGUCCCCCUUUUGAUUCUCUGGUUAUUAAUUUUAUGUGGCUUCAUAAUUACGAUUUCCACUCGUUUCUACACAAACGCUGUCCUUUACUUGACACGAAUCCUCGGAUUUAGUGAAUUUCUCGGUGGCAUGACGAUUUUGUGUUUCGGAAAUAGUCUCAACAAGCUCAUGUCGACCGUGAUUCAAGCGGACAACGAUACCGAAUUAUUCUACAAUCAAAUUUUGGGCACUACAAUCUUUCUCUUGACAUUCACCAUGGGUCUCAUUGUCAUUCAAAGUCCGUUUCAACUACACAAAGGACAAUUCAUUAUGAUGACUCUUUUUAUUCUCGCUGCCUUGAUUGUGCUUGCUUUCAUCGUUUACGAUUCCGUUAUUGGCAUGUAUGAAGUUGUUGCGCUUUUGUCGUUGUUCAUCGUAUUUUUCACAAUCACCACUAUCGGUCAUAAGCGAUUAAAGGAAAUGCACAAAAAGCGUCUAAAAUUGUCAGAUGACAUUUUGAAUGAAGCAGUAGAAGAAAAUGUGACUGAAGUGGUACAACUGCGACAAUUUACGGGAGAAAGUGACAUCGAGGAACAAUCAGAGCGAUUAAUCAAGUUGAGUGGAUGGAAAAUGUUUUUGCGUUAUAUGAAGCCGUUUGACAUGAAACAAUUUAAGAAAUCUGGAAAAGUUUUUAAAGCAAUUUUGAUCGUUUUUGUGGUAUACACCUAUUUGGCAUCAAUUCACUUAAUUUACAUAAUUUUAUUGGAAUUGAUAAGUGGUCUUCAUACCAUUGGAGUUUUGUGUGGACUUCAACGCGCAACAAUUGGUGGAACAUUUCUAGCAUGGGCCAAUGGAUUGAUAAACAUUUUCACGAAUAUCGUUUUAUGUCAUCGAAAGUUUAAUAGAAUGGCCAUCACUUCCACUUUUGUUGAAGCUUUUUUCAUUCUUACCAUCGGAAUUGGAUCCACGAUGUUGAUACGCCUUUUAUUCCAUCAUGAUUGGACUUAUCGAUUUCGUUCCGGCGUCAAUGGACCCACUUGCCUGAUAUUUCUCUUCAUAAUGGUGAUUUACAAUUGGUUCACAACGUGCCUCAUGCACUACCAAGCAAGACGUAGCUUGGGUAUUUUCAUGCUGGUGACUUAUUUGGUCUUUGUAACUUUCCUCUUUCUCUGCGAAGAGGAAAUUUUGCAUCCCUAUGGCACGGAUCACAUUCGACAAAUAGAAAAUAUCGACAAUGACAUGUACAGAAUUAAUUGA